CCCAGGAGUCCGUGGUUUACCUGGAGAGAGCCAAACACACAAACAAAGGAAGUGUCUGAAGUCAGAGAGGACCCAAAGAGGAAGAGAAGAGGACAAAGAAGUAGGAAUAAAGAGGCAGAGUAUGCAGGAGGUGGAGAAAAAACGGCCGAUAAUCUCUGCUAGAGAAAGAGGCCCGGGCCCUGGACGCUACGCUCUGCCACCUACAGUUGGAUACAUCAAUCAUGACUAUACCAAGCCCAGCAGCCCUGCCUAUUCCUUCCACAGCCGCAUGACCAGUGCCAUGGUCUCUGUGGACUCCAGCCCAGGACCAAGGUACUACAUUGAUGCCAUGGUCACCCGGUUUGGCCGGAUGGAAACCCCCUCCUACUCAAUUUUGGGCAGAGGAAGGCGCACAGGGAAUAAAGGUGAGCCGUUCCAGACUCCAGGGCCGGGGGCCUACAGCCCAGAGAAGGCACCACCUCUCAAUGCUCAUCAAAGACCACCGUCUUACACCAUCGGCACCCGCACCAGAUACCGCUCUGUGGAUGCUGUACCAGCACCCAACAGCUACAUGCUUCCUAAUCUGCUGGGCUGCCAGGUUCCUAAUAAACCAUCCAGUGCCAGCUAUAGCUUCUCAGCCCGGAGGAAGGUCGGAGCUCCCUCCGAAGACCUCUCCAUGAGCCCCGGACCAGCAAAAUAUAACAGCAUCAACCCAGAUGUUUACCGCCAGCGCCAGCCGUCCUUCUCCAUGCAGAGCCGGACUAAGAGGCCUAAUUAUUCCUCUACAAUUCCCGGCCCCGCCACGUACAGCCCAGAGAAGUUUCACGUGCACCUUCCUAAACCACCGUCCUGCACUCUGGGUGUCAGACACUCUGAGUUUGUCACACCACUCGUGGUGGAUGUCAUUGACUGAUUGAUUCAAUACAAAUGCCUUAGUUUUUCACAAAAAUGUGGAGCUGCCACACAGUGAUUACAAAGAUAUUAAAAUGUCUCUUAAAAGGAGUCAAAACAGGUCAUAAACUGAUCAGUAUGGUUAUUAUCAGUUGCUCCAAAUGACUCAACCAACACAAACCAACAGUAUUUUCAAAGGAAAUGGUGACUGUACACUGUACAAAUAAUAUCCAUUUAUUCCUUUAUAAAUAAAAGAAA